ACAUAAAGACAAUAUAAAUCUUUGGGAAGUUCUACGUAGAGUUUGUGCUGUCAGAAAGUGGAAUACGACUGGCCUUUGACAUCAAGAUGUUGCGUUGACAACAGAAGACAGGUCCUUAGUGAGCUCAUCAGAUUCCAUCAAAGCUGUUGUGUUUUGAAAGUAACUUUGUUCCACAUUUAACCGUCAGAUGUGAAAUAAGACAAAACUAACCCACUGGAGAUUUGUCUGUGUUUGUGCUAAAACACUUCAUUGAAGUCCUGACUUCUGUAACUUGUAAGAACCUUCUUAGUCCUCAGUGAAGCCGAAUGCCUCCUCCAUCCUCCUCUCCCCUCCUCCUUUCCCUCCUCCUCCUCCUGUGUCCUGAGGUGUGGAGCUAUGAGGCUCCUGAGGAUAAGCAGGAUGUGUUUGCUAGAAAAGCAUGCCCUGCCUUCCUGACGUUCACCAACGCUGCCUACCUGUCCGGAGUCACUGUGGAGCUGCCAUGCAACUGCAAACCACAACAGAUCCAAUCAGUUGUGUGGUUCUUUAGGAAACAUUUGGGCAGCUCCAAGGAGACCAGAGCCCUGACUGAUCACCAUGGCAACAAGCUGCUGGAUACUAAUCGUGUCCCUCACAGCGGCGACCUCAACAGUCGAUUCUCCAUCCGUCUCUUCAGCCUGCUGAUCUACAGAGCGGGGCUCGACGACUCCGGCGUCUAUAUCUGCGGCUCCGCCCACAAAGACUUCUUCUAUGGUUACGACCUGGACAUCCAGGAUGCACGUACGCUCAGCUUAACCCCGAGGCUAACUCCAGAAGGCAUGAGCAAGAAGAGGAAAGCUAACAAAAGACUUGGCUCUGCUCAGCCGCUGUACCGGGUCUUCACUGGCUUCCAGUCCUGGUCAGUCUGCGAUCGCUGUGGAGUACCCGGGGAGCAGGUCCGCGUCGGACUCUGCUACGUCCACUCCCACUACCUGCACGUGCGCUACAGAAGGGCCAAUCAGACAGUGGCUUCAUGCGGCUCAGGGGCGGUGCCGAGGGCAUUUGGACAACUGAAGCGAGUCGGAGCCAAGCUGGAGGUCAAAAGCUGUCAAGUCACUUGUCAAACUAGGGCUCCUCUAUCCUCCAAAAUCCUUGAUCUGAUGGCGUUUCUUGGCUACAAUUCGGCCUCGCGGAGAGCGGCGGUGCCGGUGUUCUACCUGAACCACCCUGCGGACAAGGUCCUUACCCUGGGCUGUCCUGGGGCACAACCCAACAUGGCCGUGGCCUGGGACCGAGGAUCCGAACCCAUCUACCGAUCUGGACACUCGGCAUCUCUUAACCUGAGCGCCACGCCCCCCCGGCUGCUGAUAGACCCGGGCCACCACCUGGUGUUUAAGCCUGCACAGACACAGGACUCAGGUGUGUACCACUGCUGGCUGCAGGGUCACCGGGCUGCCGAGAUCCGGCUGCUGGUCUACGCCCAUUUGGGGCGUGGACAGUCAGUGACAUCACAUCCUGACUUCCCGGCCGCUCUCAGGACUGUGUUAGGAUCGUAUGUUGCCAUGACAGCGGCGUUUUGCCUGCUGGUGUUCACCAGAGCUGGAGUCAAACACCUCCGAGACGGCGGAGAAACACACGUGGAUUAAACACUCAUUUAAAUAAUUCUA